CCUGCUAAGCCCGACAUAUUUGAUAAAUAGAAAGCAUCGACUCAUGGUUUUGUGUAAUUUUUAGGGCAUUACUACUAUUGUUAGUGGAAACAAUUACUCCUUAAUUAUAUAAAUACUAAAGAUGGCUAAAGACACUAAAGCCGACGUAGAAAUGAAGGACGCAAGUAGCCCUCCUACUGUUACAGAAAAGGAAGGUUCAGAGACCGAGACAAAAAGAGAUCCAGAUUUGUUGACAGUCGAAGAUAUUAAAGAGCACGCAAAAGUGAUUGAAAAGGGUGUCAAUACAAAAGAGCCCAGGUUUGUUCUUCGUGUCAUCCGAGCUCUGCUUCCUACUCGCCGAAGAUUAAACCAUAAUGUUUUGCGACGUGUGAUCAUAGGAUUCUUUCCUCCGACUUCGGAAAUGAAGGAUAUGUUAUUGGCUUUCAUUGAAGAGCCUAUGGAAGCAGAUGGUCCUGUGGCACCACUGAGACCCAAGAGUAUAAGGUCGCAACCACUACUCCCAGAGGUUGAAGUUUACAUACACCUGCUUGUUUUAGUGUAUUUGAUAGAUGGCAAGAAAUAUGAAUUGGCUGUAAAGUGCUCAACCUCAUUGACAGAGAAGGUUGUAUCGUAUAACAGAAGGACACUGGAUUCACUUGCAGCCAAGUGCUUCUUUUAUUACUCCCGUGCACAUGAGUUGACUGGGCAGCUCAGUACAAUCAGAAGUUUCCUGCACGCGCGCUUGCGUACAUCGACGCUGCGUCACGAUGAUGAGGGAGUGUCAUGUCUGCUGAACCUGCUGUUGCGUAACUACCUUCACUACAAGCUGUACGAUCAAGCCGACAAACUCGUCUCAAAGUCCACGUUUCCCGAGAAUGCGAACAACAACGAGUGGGCGAGGUAUCUCUACUACUUAGGUCGCAUCAAGGCAACACAGCUCGAAUACUCAGAAGCACACAAGAAUCUUCUACAGGCGGUUAGAAAGGCUCCUACAACAAAUGCUGCUGCAGGAUUCAAGCAGACGGUUCACAAGCUGGCUAUCACAGUGGAGCUACUUUUGGGUGACAUCCCAGACCGGGCUGUAUUCAGAGAGACAAUGCUUCGAAAGACUUUGCAGCCAUACUUCCAACUCACACAGGCUGUGAGAGCGGGCGACCUGUCCCGCUUCAAUGAGGUGCUGUGUAACUUCAGCGCGCAGUUCCAGGCGGACGACACGUACACGCUAAUCGUGCGUCUGCGUCACAACGUCAUCAAGACGGGCGUGCGCAUGAUCAACGUGUCGUACUCGCGCAUAUCCCUCGCCGACAUUGCCCAAAAGCUGCAGGUGGACAGUCCACAGGACGCAGAGUACAUUGUCGCUAAG